UCAACUGACUGACUUGGGCUGGGCUGAUCAGGGGAGGUUGCAACAGUCAGGCAAGUCAAUGCUCCAGAAGCCUCUGCACCAUGAGUGUCUCUGGGCUGAGCACCCCCAGACCUCUGGGCAGUAUCUCUGGGUUCCUGCAAGUGGCCUCCCUGCUCGGCCUGGUUCUGCUGCUGCUCAAGGCCGCCCAGCUCUACCUGCGCAGACAGUGGCUGCUCAAAGCCUUCCAGGAGUUCCCGUGCCCUCCUUCCCACUGGCUCUACGGGCACAGCCGGGAGGUGUAGCUUCCCCGUCAGCAGAGCCCGCACAUUUGGCAAUGGCCUGUGUGGCCCAUUAUUUCCUGUCUACCUACUCUCCUUGUGUCUCCCUUUGGGGAAAUUCCUUUGUGGCUGCAGUUCCCAGGAACAGCCAGUUACAAGAGGACCAGGACCUACCAGAGCUUCUGAAAAGGGUAGAGAAAUUCCCAUGUGCCUGUCCUCACUGGUUAUGGGGAAGCAAGGUUCUCUUCACGGUCUAUGACCCUGACUACAUGAAGGUGAUCCUGGGGAGAUCAGACCCCAAACCUCUUGGUACCUACAGAUUCCUGGCUCCUUGGAUUGGGUAUGGUUUGCUCCUCUUGAAUGGGCAGACAUGGUUCCAGCACCGGCGGAUGCUGACUCCAGCCUUCCACUACGACAUCCUGAAGCCCUAUGUAGGGCUCAUGGCUGACUCUGUCCGAGUGAUGCUGGACAAAUGGGAGAAGCUCAUCAGCCAGGACUCACAUCUGGAGAUCUUUGGACAUGUCUCCUUGAUGACCCUGGACACCAUCAUGAAGUGUGCCUUCAGCCACCAGGGCAGCGUGCAGACAGACAGGAACUCCCAAUCCUACAUGCAGGCUGUUGAGGACCUGAAGAAUCUGUUUUUUUUCCGCAUAAGAAAUAUCUUCUACCACAAUGACACCAUCUACAGACUGACCUCUGAUGGCCGCUGGAACCACCGGGCAUCCCAGCUUGCCCAUCAACACACAGAACGAGUGAUAAACUUGAGGAAGGCUCACCUGCAGAAGGAGGGAGAGCUGGAGAAGGUCAGGAAGAAGAGGCACUUGGAUUUCCUGGACAUCCUCCUCUUUUCCAAAAUGGAGAAUGGGAGCAGUUUGUCUGAUGAGGACCUCCGUGCCGAGGUGGAUACAUUCAUGUUUGAGGGCCACGACACCACAGCCAGUGGCAUCUCCUGGAUCCUCUACGCUCUGGCCAUGCACCCCGAGCAUCAGCAGAGGUGCCGGGAGGAGAUCCAGGGCCUCCUGGGAGAUGGUGCCUCCAUCAGCUGGGACCACCUGGACCAGAUGCCCUACACCACCAUGUGCAUCAAGGAGGCACUGCGACUCUAUCCACCAGUACCAGGUGUUGGCAGAGAGCUCACCAAGCCCAUCACCUUCCCUGAUGGACGCUCCUUACCCAAAGGAAUCAUGAUUGCGCUCUCCUUUUAUGCCCUUCACCACAACCCGGAGGUGUGGCCGAACCCAGAGGUGUUUGAUCCUUCCCGGUUUGCACCGGGUUCUACUCAACACAGCCAUGCUUUCCUGCCCUUCUCAGGAGGAUCAAGGAACUGCAUCGGGAAGCAGUUUGCCAUGAAGGAGUUGAAGGUGGCCGUGGCCCUGACUCUGCUCCGCUUUGAGCUGUCACCAGAUCCCUCCAGAGUCCCUGUUCCCAUUCCAAGAAUUGUGUUGAUGUCCAAGAGUGGGAUCCACCUGCAUCUCAGGAAGCUGCUCUAACCCUUGUGGGGACAAUGAUGGGCUCUGAGUCACCCCUGCAACCAUCCUGUCUUCCUGUCGCUCUCUCCUGCCCCUGCCUGUCUGCCCACUGCCUACUUUCUAUCUGCCCACCUGUCAGCCUACCUGAUCUCCUGCCUCCUGCCCAUCAGACUGUUGCCCUUCUCUCUCUCAUUCUCUCCAGGCUUCCUACCUGUUUGUGUGUGUGUCUCUGACUCACCUGCAGCUCUGACUGUCACCCAACUCCUCACCUUCCUGUCCUCUAGCCUGUCUGCCUGUCUAUCCCCAUGUUAGUUUCCUUUGCUGCUAUAAUAAUUUACUGCAAGUUUAUUCUCUUAUGGUUCUGGAGUCAGAAGUCUGAAAUAUCUUUGCUGGAACGCAAACAAGGUGUU